AUGGGUGCUGUGCCUCAGGUUCCAAGCGGACCUUUCACCUCAAUUCAGAAGCGAUCAAAUCCUGCCGUGGACUUAGCCAAGAAAGCGAGCUUCCUCCAGCUGCCAAUAAGAAAGGACAAAACGCGAUUACUUAGGCUUGUAAAUGAAAAUCGAAUAGUAAUUGUUGCCGGUCGUCAAGGUUGUGGGAAGUCUACUCAAAUACCUCAGCGAUGUCGCAUCAUUUGCACGCAGCCGCGCCGCCUUUCCGCCCACGCAAACGCCGACCGCGUUGCUUACGAACGCAGCGAAACUGUCGGCCAAUCGGUUGGCUACCAGAUUAGACUGGAAUCGAAAGUUUCUCCAAAAACGGUACUAACCUUCUGUACAUAUGGUGUUUUGCUGCGCACAAUAUUCGCCGACCCGACACUGCUCAAUGCCACCACACACAUUCUCGUCGAUGAGCUUGACGAAGAAGACCUGUUCUCACGGAAACUCACGCCCGAUGGUCGAGAGGUCCGGCUACCAGUAACUCGGGACAUAAGCAAGCACACUUGCAACCUCCUGCUGGGCACUCUCCACCGCAUCCUCGCUCAAUAUUCCCACCUUAGGCUUGUUUUAAUUGUUAAUUUAAAAUCAACCUCCUACAUUUUAUCUAACGGACACUACCUUCAAUUUCCCACCAACUCGAAGAAAUACAACCAGACGGAGGCAUGCAUCGACAUGAAGGAGCCCAUUUUACAAACGCAGUUACCGUUGUUUCUCGAGAAAACUACAAAGCGCUCCUAUUUAACUACCAACUUCCUGCUUGCAUCGCAGUAUCGCUCUGCCUCUAUGUACUGCUUAAAAACCGAACAAAAGUCGAACGAAAUUUUCUUCCUAGAGGAUAUCCUCCAGUGGUUGAAUUUCAAUACACCUGAAAUGGAAACUGCAAAGCGUAUUAUUCGGAGAGAUGCCGCAAGAGUUUAUAAGAUGUACUUUUGGCUGACGGGUACAUCCGAAUGCCCAUUGACCCUCUGUGGAUUUCAUGAAUUUUCAACCCCCGACAAUGAACAGUUAAUGGAAUCGGCCGAUGUCUCGGCAUCAACUGCUUACCGAAACGUCGAGAAUCUAAUUUGGAUCUUAUGGGAAAAUCUCGUUCUUCGAAGUGUUUACUACAACAUUAAUAAGGAGUGUCAAUCACAAAUGGAGGUGCAACCGCUCAUUUCUGAUUUACUUCAAUCAAUCUCAGUUGAGUGGAUUCCUGUUGACUACAAGCACUCGGAGACAGCUGCGGGUCAUUUGGAGGUGGUUGAGCGGCUGCUGAAUCUGGGUGCGGACGUGUUUGAGCGGGUGCCGCUGCCGAGGGCCGCAAUGCCUCCAGGUCUGGUAACUCUUGGCACCGACCGCGCCGCACCCACCCACUACUCCGUCCACCACCUCUCCAUGAUUGGCGCCAACGCUUUUGACCUUGCCCGUCUCUACGGUCACGCGCGCGUCGCCGAUCUCCUCAAAGCACACAUGCAAGUGUUGCCCCAACACUACUUUCCUACGGCUCAAUCACCUUUUGCAAAAAAUUAUGCCUGA